CUCCUAACUCUCAUUACGUGCAAUCAACUAAAAUCUCUCUCUCUCUCUCUCUCUCUCUCUCUCUCUCUCUCUCUCUCUCAAGAAAUGGGUGGAUCGGUGUCAAGUCCUGGUGGGAGCCUGAAGAAGAGUGAGUGUGGUGUUGGGCCAACGAAAAUGCUACUAAAGGUGACCGUGGAGAAUAGCUUGGGAGCAAUUCAGGUGCUGAUGCGCCCCGAAGACACCGUCGCCGAUUUGAUUAAGGCAGUCUUGUCCAUUUACGCCUACGAGAAGAGAAGGCCACCCUUGAAGGACACCCCUCCUCACUCCUACGACCUUCACUACUCUCCCUUCACCCUCCAAAGUUUGAAUCCAAAUGACAAGUUGAAAAACCUCGGUUCAAGGAAUUUCUUUCUCUGUUCCAGACCUCCUACCUUUUAAUUCUGGCUAAUUAACGGACGCCCAUUCAUUCGUUGAUUCAUUCUUGCAUGCAUUUCCCAACAGUUUAUUUUAAUUAUUGCAUUCCUUUUUUACGAUCAUUGUGUAUACUAAUGUAUGUAAUCAUAUUGCAAUGUUGGCAUGUCGUCAUGAAACUAUGGAC